AGUGACGUCAGGCGGCCGCGGAGAUGGAGGAUUUGCUCGACUUGGACGAGGAGCUGCGCUACAGCUUGGCUACCUCCGUGAGGACCAAUGCGGGGGCCUUGGGGGCCAGGAUUUGGCGGGUGGGGAGGAGCGACCCCGCCGGCCCCGACUUCUCUGAGGCGACUCAGGGCGGCAGGCCUCGAGCCGCGCCGGGUGAGGCCCAGAAGGAGGCAGCCUCACCGCCCCGCCCCCAGGCCACUGUGGGCUCCGCCGCUGCUGGCCUGGGGUUUGCUUUCUUUAAAAUCCUCAGAAAGUAGAAAACACCCUGUCCCCGCCGGCGUCUAGGACCGUGGGAAAUUUCCGAGCCUUUCUCCGUUUUCUAGAGCCCCGAGUGCGAACUUCCCCAGAACAGAUCGAUCACAGGGUGAUGGGGGAGCCCCGGCCGGGGUCGCACUCGCUCCCAUCCUAGAGUUUUUCCUUUGGGACACCUCAUCGCAGAAGUUCCUGCAAAAGCCGCACUGUUUUAUGCAUGGAAGGGAGGCAGGCAGGGACGGCCUUUCUUCCCGAGGGCCAAGAUGGGUCGCCGAGCUCAACAGGAGUCAGCGCAGGCCGAGAAUCAUCUCAAUGGCAAGAAUUCCUCUUUGACUCUGACUGGAGAGACUUCCUCUCCUAAAUUACCUCGCUGCCGACAGGGAGGCUGGGCAGGUGAUUCCGUGAAGGCUUCGAAGUUUAGGAGGAAGGCUUCUGAAGAAAUAGAAGAUUUUCGCCUCAGACCACAGAGCCUGAAUGGAUCAGAUUAUGGAGGAGAUAUUCCUAUCAUUCCGGAUCUGGAGGAAGUACAGGAAGAAGACUUUGUUUUGCAGGUGGCAGCCCCUCCGAGCAUGCAGAUAAAGCGGGUGAUGACCUACCGUGACCUGGACAAUGACCUCAUGAAGUACUCAGCCAUUCAGACACUGGAUGGGGAGAUCGACCUGAAACUCCUCACCAAAGUGCUCGCGCCGGAGCACGAAGUCCGGGAGGAUGAUGUCGGCUGGGACUGGGACCAUCUGUUCACUGAGGUGUCCUCAGAGGUCCUCACUGAGUGGGACCCACUGCAGACGGAGAAGGAGGACCCUGCAGGGCAGGCCAGGCACACCUGAGCCCGUCACCCAUGCUCUAGACAUGAAGAAAUGCAAUGAGCUUAAAGCUAAAGAAGCUUGUAAGCAGCUCCGAAUUUUUACCUGGAAUAUUUUGUAAUAAAAAUAUUUAUAUUCAGUCAACCACAUUGGAUAAUUCAAUUGCAAUAAAUUGCUUAUUCUGUGCCAUCUC